ACUCUGUUCAGUCAUCGUUUCUCGUUUGCGUUUAAGUACGUAUCAAAUCAUCGCGUUUUUUACUGUAUUCGUUAUUUGCAAAGAAGAAAAUCUUUCCAAUCACGAUUAACAAUAUGUUGCUCCUCUUUGAAGCAACUUUCUAUUAUUCCACGUUAACGUAAUAGGAGAAGACGGUGUGUUGAAGGGGCAGGUUAUCUUCCUUGUCCAAGAAAAGUUUCGUCUGGGGACAAUGGCGCGAGAAUCUUGCGUUCUAAAAUCGAUGUGUGCACGGCGUAGAUGAUGAUCGGUGUUCUUACAUGUGGCAUGGUGUUUAUAGUGAACAGGAAGACUUGCAUACCUUGCUGGAUUAACCAGCUCAACGUUUUCUGGAUACGAGCCGUGUCGUGAGCCGCCAUGAGGCGCAUUAGCGUUGGCGGCAUGAACCGGCCGUCCAAAGCAGUGACCCAGGCGAAGAAAGUGGCACCGCCGGCUGUACCCGAUGUGUUUCGACAUUCAGGUUCCUCUUUUGGUUCCGCUGGAUAUGCGAGCAGCGAAGAUAGCUGUUUCCUUGCCGGAAGCGGACCUGGCGGAACGACUGACGAUGGUUCUUACGGGAUGCCAUCUGGAAAGAGUCCGGGACCUAUUUUCACUCAUCCUGGCUUCGCCUUUCCACCGGUCGUGGGCAAAUAUGCUCAUGCCGAGGAUCAAGGAAUCGACAUGACUCAAAGCCCCGGCAGAGAUAGCCCGGGUAGCUCAGGGUCUGGCUCUGGAUCCAGGCAUUCUACCGCUUCGUUAGAUUCUGGUAGAGCUUCCGGAUAUCAUCUGGGUCCUAGAGGACCUGGUGCGCUCGCUUCGUCUCCCAGAUGUUCUAUAAGCUCUCUCGGCAGUCAUCCCGAUAGACCGGCAGAUCUCGAUGUCGUUCAUGCUUGGUUGACCGAACUCCAGUUCGAAGAAUACUUUCCGUUGUUUGCCUCCGCUGGUUACGAUCUUGCUACUAUAACGCGUAUGACGCCAGAAGAUCUAACGGGCAUAGGAAUUAAGAAGCCUAAUCAUAGAAAACGAUUGAAAGCGGAGAUAGAUAAUUUAAAUAUUGGAGAUGGCUUGCCAGAACAUAUUCCUGGUUCCUUGGAGGAGUGGCUUAGGCUUCUACGACUCGAAGAAUAUCUUACCGCUCUUCAUCAACAGGGUAUGCGUUCGGUCGAAGACGUAACGACUCUCACUUGGGAGGAUCUCGAAGAUAUCGGUAUUGUUCGAUUGGGCCAUCAGAAGAAGUUAUUGUUGGCGAUUAAAAGAGUUAAAGACAUUCGUGCCGGUAAACGUAUACAACCGCUCGAUCUCGCACGACUACCGCCACAUCCCGGACAUACGCAGGACGUUGUUAUCCAACGAGGAGGUCCUGAUUUGCCGUCACCCGAUGAGGAUUGUUCGUCACCUGUUUUGAGGUCUUUUCAGAGAGGAGGAAGCGAUAGCACGUCCGGUACUGCAUGGAGGAGUAUGUACGCUGCUUUGCCAGCCGAUUACAAUAUCGUUGGACGGGCUGGUUCGCGAGGAAAAUCCUUAGAGAGCUUAGAAGAUGCGCCCCUUGGGUAUCCUCCAUCGCCAGCACCUUCUACGCAUCCACAACCGAUUGAAUGGCGUCCGCGCAGUUUCGAGGAUGGUGAUCUUACCCCUACAAACGAUACUUCGAUCGUGGAAGCUGGUGGUGGAACGCUUCCACGUCCAAGACAUUGCCUUGUUCGUCCACGACCCGUAGCCAAGGUCACAGCAACUCCAGGGCAAUUCAAGUCAUUGCCAAGAGACUUCGAUAACAAAUAUCAACUAACGUAUGGGUUAGAAAGUAGUCCACAUCUUCCGAAGCGUUGUCCUCCAUCUCCUCCAAGACGACAAAGUUCUAGAGAAAGUAGUUCUUCCGUUGUUGGUGUUGGAGGGUCGGGUGUUGGCGAUGUUGUGAUAGAUUGCAGUGGACCUGUACCAACUGCUUCUUGCGACGAUCAUCAUAUACAUCAUCAUCAACAUCGUCACUUACUGCAUCAUCCUUCACCACCACCACCAGCACCUGCACCAACAUCAUCGACUCCUCCGCAAAUGAAUCGACCACCUUCUUCGAUGUCCCGUUCGUGGGGUAGCGUCAAUGCUAAUGUUAACGAAGAACAUGAAUUAAUAGCUUCUCUCGCUUUGCAACAUCGCAAUGGUUCCGAUGCCAGCUUUAAGUCAAGUUCCAGUACAGAAUCCGAUUCAAUUCCUUUUGCAAAUGAAAAUGCUGGAACGAUAAAGCAGAGGUCUGCGCGAGUCCAAGAAUAUGCAAGUAAUAAUUCUAACAACAGUCUUCAGAGUCAUGUAAUGAGCCAUCAUUCCAGUGGAAGCGAGCCGGCGGAUGUAUUGAACGACAUUGGAAAUAUGCUUGCCAAUCUCACCGAUGAACUUGAUGCUAUGCUUGAAGAAGAAAAACGUCAGGGUCUUAAUUCGUAAUCGUAAUUGUCAUUGUCUUCUUUUACUUACGUUAAACAACGUUACCGCAAAGCAUACAAUUUCGGCAAUAGGAGCAUGGGCGAAUAUCAUUUGCAAAAUUAAAUAGGAAAGUAUCAUACAUAAACGCGAAUUACAAAUUCUUAAGACUAUGGAACGAUCGUUUUAACAUGAAAAUAUUGGGCGCUUGACAAACGUUAUACUACUUUUCGUUACAUUAAUCUACGACACACGUUAUACUAUGCAAAGAAUAAUAUCCUGUUGUAAGUGUAUGAAUUAAUGUAGCGAAUUGCGCCCUUCCACGUUCUUGUAAUUUCACUUUCAUCGGGUUUCCACUUCUUUCUUUUUAUAUUUUAUUUUUCCAUAGAAUCAAGCCUUUUAUUUUUCUACCAAAAUGUUAUCAACUUUCUAUGAAGUUUCCAGAGACACCUAAAUAUUGCACAAUCUUUCUCAUUUUAAUAUUUUCUCAAACUACUUCUUACACCAUUCUUUUCCAAAUCCUUGUCCUUUUAAUUUUACUUAUUUUAUCAAACGCAAUAUCGUAAUCACGGGUGUUUGCCGCCUGCUUUAUACAACGGGUUUUGGCACCCGAGUCCCCGUGAUUUCAUAAUGUGUAUUUAUGCGGGAGAAAUUACAUAUAAAUAGAAACACUGAAUAAGUAUGAUUGAUACUUAUGCCUUAUAAAUAGAGAACUACAAAAAAUAUAAUUGUAGUUUAGUUCCAUAAAAUAAGCGUAAAUUUCACAAUUACACAGCACAAAGACUGAUACUUUUUCUCUGGAAAUUUCAUUAACAUCAACGUAUAUACAUUCCAGCUAAUAUAUUUCCUUUUUCACUUCCGUCCUUUGCUAAAACGAUAGCAUGAUAGAUCGAGACCUUCAUAACUGUUGGACUGUUAGACAUUUUGAGAUUAGUAUGAUACGAAAAAGUAAAGUUCUGUAUCUCUUUUCCAGAAUAAAGUAAUUCUUCCAAUACUGUCAAAGACGGAUAUUACUAAGUCAAAUUGUUUUGAUAAUGAAGCAUAAUUAUAUGUUUGCCUAUAUUAUGGUACAAUUUCUAUAAGAGUGCGAUAGUUUAUAUGAAAAAAUUUACAUCUUCCAUUCUUUGAACUUCAAAAAGUUCUCGUAAGACUGAGAACAACAAACCAACAUAGACAUUUGACUGCCAAUUGAAUUUUAAGAUAAUACGAUUUAAUACAGAAUCAUAUGCGCUGUAUGCCAAUUAACAUUUUAUAUUUAUUAUCCGUACUAAUAUAGUGACGUAUGUAACUCACUAUCGUUAUAUGGUGCACACAAACAUGUGGAACAUACACAACGUAUCCACCUAUACGUACGAAAUCAAAGUAAUCAUAAUAGUGGAAUGUUGUCGAUACAGACUGUUCAGGUGCCCCUAAAUCUAAAUAUGACGCUGAUAAGUACCGAGACUUGUGCAUAACAUUUUAUGCAUAGACUUUAUUAUAACAAUAUGUGUAUAAAACACAUGGUUACAUACAUACGGAAUGUUCCAGUUAACGAUGGCCGAAGAAAUGCUUAAUAAAAGCAAAUUUUUUAAUUAUCUCCUUUGGUAGAUAAUGCUAGCAAAUAUUCACUCCAUGGAAAAAUGUUUUAUACAUAAUUUCAAUACUUUUAGAGGAUGAACAUAUUGCGAGAAACAUUUUCUUUCGAGCAUCGUUUUUCUAGCAAUUUUCAGUCACGGAUAUCUUUUUGUACAGUAAUACAUACAUAAUGUCAAAUAUUACGUAUAAAAAAAUAUGUACUUGUAUGUAAAAAGAAUAUCCGUGAUUUUAAAAUCUCUAGAAAACAAUGACAUCCUAAUGAAAAUUUUUUUUCCACGUAUUCACAUUUUUGAACCAUUCAAAUUAUGUAUGAAACAUUUUUUUACAUUGACACAGCCGAAGAAGAUAAUUAUGUGGUCUGUGUUAAGCAAGACACCUUGUAUAUUUCCGUACAUACAUUUAUAUAUGACGAUUUUGAUAUAUAAUAUUCGUUAAUUUCUGUAAAAAAUUUUUGAUGUAUAUUUUCCUGGUCAACAUAUUACAAAUCUUCGAUCACAUUUUUAACAACAUCCUGUAUUUUCAUUAAAACGAUAAUAUUUUAUUUUUCAUUUCGUAUAUUGAAUAUUGGAUCCUCGUACAUAAAUGUAUAUGGUGUUACAGUGACACGUUAAUAAUAACUAGAUAUUUUACAUCCUUUAAAUAGCAUAAACUUGUUGUUGUCUCUGUACGAAUCAGUUUCAUAAUUAAAACUUAAAUAAAUAAAUGCGGUGAACUGAAUUAUAUUAUCAUUCCUUUGAUACAUUUUAUUUUUAAUUUUAAAAUAUGGAUCGUUAUUCAUAUUCGAAUCCAAUUAUACUAUAUCAUAAUGAGAAGAGAACAUGGUAGAAUAUAUACAAGGUUUUGAAAUAAACUUAAGACUUAAGUUAAUCGAUUAAACAUCAGGGCUGCACUACUGUGGCCUGCAGACUUGUUAACUAUUGUAGGUAUAUAGUAGAUAUAUGUAUUAUAUAUCAGUUUAAGCAGUGUACUUAGGAAAAAAUGUUCUGCGGUGCUGCAAAUUAAAAAAUUUAUGACUAUCUAUUUUUACUUUUGAUUAUUAUUGUAUAUCGUUACAAUGCAAGUUGGAAAAUUUGUUCGAAUAUCGAUACGCGACGCAAAUUUGUUUAACUGUAUACACAUACGUAAGUCUUAUAACAAUUGAUUCGUUUUUAGUAUUUUUAACAUGUUCGUUGUCGAGCUUUGCAUCAAGUUCAUUCCUUGUUUAUUUCAUUGGUUUGCAUGUUUUUAAUUUUUUAUGUUUACUGGAACCUUAUUGAUAUACUUGUUUGCGGUGAAAAAUUCAAACAAUUUCAGAACGAUAAGUAUGUAUAGGAUCGAGAGAGAAAUCAAAAUAUUUCACUCGGCAGCAAACGUGUUAAAGGGUUCCAUGAAUUACUGGAAGCUUUUGCACCAAAUUACUUUCAACAAUAUCAUUAAUUUGUGCUAUUCUAAAUACUUAAACGGUGCAUUUGAAUAAAAGAAACGAUCGAAUCCUCGAAAGAUUAAUAAGUGCAAAUCUGUUUUUGUAUCUAUAAUAAAGAAUUAUUUACGUUUUGGACAUUCAAAGGAUAAGUACUGUUAUUAAUAUUAGAGCGAUAAAUUGAACGCACUAAACAUGAGUAUCUUAUAAAGGUAAACAUUCAGAAUGAAAGUGUACGAAUCAUUCAUUCAUUCAUGUUUAAAAUAUAAUGUAUUUUAUACAAAAAUAAUUAACAGUAAAAAGUAAAGAGUUAUGGUGACGCAAAUAUUGAAAUAGUAUUAAUGCUAAUUUGGCGAAUAACGAAGUAGAUAAUUAAUAAAUACUAGCAGGAAAUGAAACAAUUUACACUAACCCAUGUGAUUGAAUAGAUAUACAAUCUGUUUUCAUAGUAUAUAAACUGACAAACACAACAGAAGGUAACGCACACUGCCGAUUUUUAUAUUGUAGUUUCAUGUUAUCACGAUAUGGUAAAAUAAACAUAAACAUCAGGAAUUCUAAAUACUCUACAAAAUGAGAUCUGUGUAAAGGACACUUGGAGCAUUAAAUGUGCAUAAUUACCAGUUUUAUAUUCAAUACUUAUUUGGGAAUAUUUCUAUUGUAAAGUGUGCACCGAAGAUAUGGAAAAUCAUUUUAUCGA